AUGACGUUCGUAACGCGUGUGUGGAUGAAACUUACGCAAAAUAAAGCCUUGGAAGAACAUAGCGGCAGAAUAGAGAAAAUGUUUUUUGAAUCUAUCUAUAGGGUCUUUUAUAUAACAGGUUUAUCUCAUUCCAAUACCAGUGUUGGAUACUUUAUAUACAGCAGCAUAAUAAAAACUUUAAAUUUACUGCUGCUCUGUAGCGAAAUAGGUCAAUUCUUUCAUAUGACGUGGACUGUGGAUGCAAUAAUUGACAGCGCAAAUAUAAUAAUAAUACAAUUGGGUACUCUUUACAAGUACUGCAAUAUGAUAACUCACCGAAAGGUUUUUAAAGCCUUGGCGAUGGCGAUGGAAUCCCCUAAUUUUGACAUUUCAACUAAAGCAAGAAAAGAUCUUUUGGCCGUUUGGGUUAAGAGAAACAGGAUAAAUACGAUUUUUUUGCUGAUGCUUGGAGUUAUUACUCUAACUUCUUGGUAUAGUUUCCCAUUAAUGGAUGAUAUUGACUACAACUUGAUGUUGGCUGUGUAUGUUCCUUUCGAUUAUGAAAAUCCUACAAUGUAUCCUAUAGUUUACUUUAUACUUGUACUUGUGUUUAGUUAUGUUUCUUACGGGGUUAUGAUUAUCGAUAUCAUUAUGCAGACGUAUUUAAUGCAGUUGUUAUGUCAAUAUAUAGUACUUAAUGAUUGUUUAUGCAAUAUUGGAACGGAAUGCGCAGAAAAUUUUAAAGGAAUGAGUGACAUCGAACUGCUUUAUAACGACCAAUUUAGAAAGAAAUAUAGGAGAAGAUUAGGAGACUUAAUAAUUCAACACAAAUUUAUUUUGGAUAAAACGAUGGAGUUACGUAAAGUCUUAAGUGGGCCGAUGUUAGGACACAUGUGUGGAAGUACUAUACUAAUAUGCUCAAUCGGUUAUCAAAUUGUCAUGUCCCUUUCUGUAAAUAUCACCAAAUGUGUGAUGAGUUUUCUCUACCUCGGAUAUAACAUGUUUAUACUUUAUAUGAUAUGUCGCUGGUGUGAAGAUAUCACUAAACAGGGUGAGGGUGUCGGAUUCGCAGCAUACUGCUCAGGAUGGGAACGUGGUUAUACAACGAUUCCCGGAGUGCGCUCAAGUCUUUUGAUAAUACUUACACGCGCUAAUAAACCGCUUGUGUUUACAGCUGGGGGAAUGUAUGACCUCUCUUUGGAUAACUACUCCAAUUUGGUGAAGACAUCAUACAGUGCUCUUACAAUGUUGCUCCGAUUCCGCAACGAGUGA